AUGUUCAAGCUGACAAUAUUGUUCGCUUUCGUUGCGAUUGCGCACGCGGGGAUUAUCGCACCAGUCGUCCCAGCGCAUCCCAUCGUAGCGCAUCCAGUUGCCGUAGCACAUCCAGUUGCCGUAGCACAUCCCGUAGCGGUGUCCCACAGCGCUAUUGUGCAUCCCGCGCCAGUAGUUCACGCACCGAUCGUACAUGCUGCGCCGGUCCUUCCCGUUGUGAAACAUCACGCACCUAUAAUCGCAGUUCAUCAUUGA